AUGGUUUAUAUGACGACAUGGGUAGGUGUGUUCUAACCAAUAGCUUUUGGUUUUCACAGUGCAGUCAUACAUCUAUCCGUCCAGUCAACAUGCGUUCCUCCCACAAGGGUGUGUCCGGCGCCACCAUUAUUUUUGCGUAUUAAAAUCAUAGACAUUCAAAUACAGUGAUAUUACAGUACCUGUGUGUAGCAGAAAAACGGCAAUUGACCGCAUCUUUGUUAUUACGCGUCGCCAAGUGCAUGACCUGGGAUGUCUGCCACAGACUGGUACGCGCAUAAAUCCCUCGGAGAAGGACUAUACUGGAUCCAGGAGAAGUUUUUCGAAUCGUCAAACAGAGCUAAUAUUUGGCUCCUCCGAGGAUCUCACCAAGACGUAGUGAUAGACACAGGCUUGGGUUUGAGGAGCUUACCUGACUACAUUAACUCCAAAAGUCUGCUUGGAGACGACCCGCAGCGAAAGAACCCCCUUUUGGCUAUCGCCACCCACGCCCACUUCGACCACUCAGGUGGUCUGCAUCAGUUCCAACAGGUCGGGGUCCACAGUGCAGAGGUCGAUGCGCUGGCUAACGGAGACAACUUCGAGACUGUCACCUGGCUGUCCGACAGAGAGAUAGUCCAGGCUCCCUGGCCGGGAUGGAGGGCCAGGCAGUACAGAGUCAAGGCUGUACAACCAACACAUAUACUACAAGAAGGUGAUGUCAUCAACCUGGGUGACAGGCAGCUGACGGUGCUGCACAUGCCCGGCCACUCCCGGGGCAGUAUCUGCCUGCACGACGGUGACAACAAGAUGCUGUUCAGUGGGGAUGUGGUCUACGACGGAGCCAUGAUCGACUGGCUGCCCACCAGCCGGGUCAGCGACUACAUCAGCAGCUGUGAGCGCCUGGUGGGGCUGGUGGACAGCGAGCAGGUGGACCAGGUAAUGCCGGGACACUAUCACACAUUUGGAGCGAAGCGGCUCCACCGCAUCGCCUCGGGGUACAUCGACAAAGCAGGCACCUGCCCGGCACGCUUCUCCACGUUCGCCUGGAGGACCUUGGCCGGAUUGGCACUACGGGCCUACAACACACGGGGCAUCUGCUAGCCAUAGGGACAGGCUAGCAUGUUGAGUCGCACAGAUAGACUGGCGAUAUUAGGGAGAUAAUUCACCCCCUCAAUGAUCAGGAAGUCUUUGUAUUGUCAAUCAGAAACUGCUGUGAUACAAUGUAUGUUAUUUUACGUCAUUCAUCAAAAUGCCCCCAUCGCUUUACAUCAGGCAAUGAUUGACAGAAUAUCGAGAUUCCCGUCAUUAUGGGAUGCAUUCAAGACUGGAAAAUGAAUCUUGUUUUUUAUAUACUAUUAAGAAUAUGACAAGUUGUGUGAUUGUUGGAAUGUGCUUUCACAUUAGGCAGCAUCUCUUAUGGCAGUGUUUCACAACCCCAGUACCCACUGUUGCACAUUUUUGUUUUAGGCCAGCUGGUAUAACUAAUCAAGAGCUUGAUGGUUAGUUGAGUAGUUGAAUCAAAUAUGAAACCUUAAGAAGGCUAUUGGACCAGAGAUGAGUAACAUCCCUUAAGGGAAAUAAGGUGACAGGCAGCACACCACCUACUGACCUCAGAGAGAGAGAGAGGGAGAGGGAGAGGG